AGGCUCCUUUAAGAAAGGCCGGUAAGUAAAUCAACUAAAGAAAGAUAUUUCAGAAAAACGAUUUCUUAUCUUGAUGUUCAUGUCGCAGUUCAACUUAUUCAAAAUUAUCAAACAUUUUAUGAUUGCGACUUGCCAGUGAAAUCCCAGGCCGUUUCUCAUCUCAUAAAAUACAAAACGAGCCAUGAGCCCAACGCUGUUUGUGCUUCUGAUAUUUGUAUCACUCCUGAUCCGCUGUAACGGAGAAAUUACACAGUUGGUUCACGACCCGGAUAUGGAGGGCCUCCACCAGAGCUGGAAGUGUAGAGCCCACUGUACACUGACACCCAGUCACGACGCACACACGGGCAAAACCAGCCUUCUCGUCACUAACCGUGGCAGCAUUAAUGACGGCCUAUCGCAGUCAGUCAACCUUACGCCUAAUGGUCGUUAUAACUUCACGUUCUACGUUAAACUGCUGAACCUAACGACCGGAAACAUGUACGACAUGGUACAAGCUACACUGGCCUGUUCUAACGCAAAUCACAUUAAGUUUGGCCAGGAACGAUACACUCGACUGAAUCAUUGGACGAAAGUGGGAGGAGUUGCGCAUGCGCCUGCAGAUACUAGCGGAUGUUUUAUUCGAGUUCAAGUUUCGGACAUCCACGCGGAUCACGUGAUUGAUGACGUUAGUCUUGUUGCCGUGCCGAAUAUCACAGACUGGAGAGCAGAGGCAAAUGAACGCAUUGAAAGCAUCAGGAAAUCCAACAUCACUAUCAGGCUUACAGGAGCCGAGCCGAAUGCAAAUUACGAGAUUGAGCUAUACCAGACGAAGCACGAAUUUGCAUUCGGUAGCGCUAUUAGCGCCACGCAAUUCAUUGACCCCGCCUACAGCCACUACCAGCACGCCUUCUACGAGAACUUUGAGUGGGCUGUGUUGGAGAACGACCUCAAAUGGCAGCAAAUGGAACGUCGUCAGGGUCAUAUCCAUUCAACUGAAGCCAUGGCAACGCUGAAGUCCCUCAACGCCUCUGGUAUCAAAGUCAGAGGUCACAAUGUUUUCUGGGGAGUGGAUUUGCACACGCCAACAUGGGUGACAACGUUAAGUCAGCAUGACCUCCAAGUUGCCAUGGAUAACAGAAUAAAUAACGUUGUUGCCAUGGCGAGAAAUUAUGUCCGCCAUUGGGACGUGAACAACGAGAAUCUCCAUGGUGAUUUCUACGAACAGAGAACACGUGACCCGAACAUCACCAUGAAGAUGUUCUCAUCAGUCCAUAAGGUGGACCCUAAUGCCCUGCUCUUCCUGAAUGAUUUCGGUAUAAUGGAGAAUAAUGUGGCACAGUCCUUGCGAAACCAAGCAAUGCUGUUCAAAAGUGCCGGAGUCCCGAUCCAUGGAAUCGGCAUCCAGAGUCAUCUACAUAAAAUGGAUCUCGACAUAACAGCUAUGAAGGCCCGACUAGACACCGUUGCAGAGGCAGGGUUGCCCAUUUGGAUUACGGAGCUCUCUGUAGAGACGACAAAUCAAACAGUCAGGGCUAGUGUUCUUAGGGACGUGAUGACCUUGUACUUCAGUCACCCGGCGAUAAAGGGCAUACUUCUGUGGGGGUUCUGGAACGGGAGAAUAUAUAACACCACUGCAGCGCUUUUUGAGGGUCCAAACGUACAACCCAACGCUGCCGGACUGAUGUACCAAGAACUUUUCAAGACAACAUGGCGUACAAAUGUAACGCUACCAGUCCAUGGCAAUGGUGACGUCACAGUUCGUGGUUUCCAGGGUGUUUACAAGGUCACAGUCAAGAAAAGUGACAAGGAGCUUACCAAUCAAUAUGUCAGCGUUAUUGAUGACAAGGCCAUAGUAUUGGACAUAAGUGGAUUGUCCGCGCCAGCCAUCGUCGGUUAGACUUCAAGAGAGCUCAUCGAAAUUGUAUCUUUUCUGUUCAAUGGCUAUAAUUGUAUGCUUCGAAAUGCCGACUGUGAUGAAAUAAGGGUUGCGAAAUUAAAAGCAAUUCGUAGAGUAA